GGAAGAUAACUCAAUUUUCUCGUAUAGGUAACUGAGGAAGCCGAGAUAGACGUUGCAGGAGGAGAAGCAAGUUGUGAAAAGGAUGCGUUCAGUUUUGGACUCUAGUCUGUGCUGUCAGAAAGAGCAAGUUAGGGGGACUACGAAUGAGUACAUCUCUCUGCACCCCCUCCUGAACUACACUUUGGCCUUGGAGCACUCAGAGUUCUGCUGUCUGACUCCCUACUCCUGUUCUCCAGGGAGACUGUGGUAGGCUCUCCUGAGAGGAAGCCCACACCUUGGAUCAUAUUCUGCUGGGAGAUUUGGCGAAGGGCCUGUGGAAGUCAAAGACUGUGGCUGGCAGGUUUGUUGCUUCUGAUGAAGGGGCAGGUGUUAAUGAAAAAGGGAGUUAGGAGCCCAGCCCUUUUGCAACAUGACAAACAAUAGCAAGAAUCUGAUCCGCUGGGCUCAUGUGGGCCACACCCCCUCAGUCCAAACUACACUGUCUACGCAAUGGACAAUCUGGAGGCUUCAGGGUCAUCAAGCAAAAAUUUCCAGGUGUGCCCUAACUCCAAAAGGGCCUGAGGUUACAGCAGGAAGAAUGGCACCAGCUGUGGCCUGGCUCCUGUUCCUCCAGCUUGUUCAAGGACCAACUCUGGUCAUGGACAUCAGCAUAGAGGUUGCCAUCCAGAACUUUCGAACCAUGCACAUUGACUAUCCCAAGGUUAACUACCCAGAGGGUUUCCAGGGCUACUGUAAUGGUCUGAUGGCCUAUGUGAGGGGCAGACAACAAAGCUGGUAUUGCCCAAAGAGGCAUUAUGUGAUACAUGCUCCCUGGACGGACAUUGAGAAGUCCUGCAAGUACUGCGAGAGCUUCUGUGAGAAUUACAAUGAAUACUGUACACUCUCUGAGGACUCCUUUCCCCUCACAAUCUGCUCUCUGGAGACCAAACAGCCACCCACCAGCUGCCGCUACAAUAGCACCCUAAACAACCAAAGGCUCUACCUGCUCUGUUCCCAAAAGUAUGAUGCUAAACCAAUAGGUAUCAUUGGCCUCUACUAGGGAAGGGAGGCUUUCACUGUGAACCACCCUCUACUGCCAUCAUGACCAGCCGGUCCCCCUUUUCAAAACUCUGAUUCCUGAUACAAUGCUUCCCCCUGACUUUGAAGGUAGGCAGGGUUCCCUCCAAAGAGACCAGGGAGGUAGAAAAAAUGUUCAGAGCUUUAGUCACCAUGCAAAAGCAUACCGUCUUUUAGGCUCUUUCCAGCUUGUUUACCUCUCCUCUUCCGCAUCAUCCGCCCUCUCCCAGAGACAGUUUUACCCACCCAAGAAGCCUAGUGUGUCCAGUUGGCAGUGCCUGUCCAUCCACUGGGCCAGAUACUGAAUCCUGGAUGGAGGCCCAGAGCCUCAGCUCACACCAUGGCAACAGGCACCAGCUCGAUGUUUCGACUCCCUAUCCCCACCACCCUUCUCUUUUCAGUCUUCCCCAUUUCCCUAUGACUCUCUCCACUCACCCACAUAAUGGAUAUCCUAGCUUUAGGGACCUCCCUGAGACCUUCAGGUGAAUUUUAGCCUCAUAUCCCUAGAACCCCCUCGCAGUUCCCUGUCUGCUCCUCUCCAUGAAAUCAUUUUCUUCAUGUAACCUGUUCUUUCCUCUCUCCUUCUACCAUGGAACCCAGUGUCUCUCCCCUACACUCCCAGCCUCCUUUAGUCACCCUGUCUUCUCCAACUUCUUUUCCACAAUGCUCACCUUGGCUCACUGAAGUUUAAAGUUAUUUUUUCUGGCCUAUCCCCGCUCCUCCCAAGAUUCUUGCAUCCUGUUCCCAAAGCUCCUCCUGAUGUUCUCUAGACUCUAAGAUC